UGAAUGGUUGUCUCCAUAGAAGUAAGGUAGGGUUGUCGCUACAAGUGUCCUGUGAUUGACAAGGUGACCAAUGCAAUGCACCUUUUAGCGUACAUCCGUUGGUUAGGUUCCAGCUUCCCCCAACCCUGGACAGGAUCGGUGUAUAAAAUGUAUGGAUAACUUAAAAUACAUUUGCGGAGAUACUAAAAAUCGCUACUACUGUACUGUAGAGCCGUACAGUAUCGUCCUGCGCCUCCGAGAGGUAAACAUGAUAUUGCAGCAGUGAACACAGCAUCAUCAGGUGUCACCUUUCAACCCAACAUGGUACCUUUUGUAGACGCGAAUCCCGUUAACAUACUUGAAAAAUAUGUCUUCGUUUGAGUGGUCUUUUAUGUUGUUGCACUCUUUCAUGCUAUUCCACUUUCAUGUUGUCAAAAAGAAAGAAUUCUAUCGUUUAUUGUAAAGUAGCAUAGAGUCGUAGCUGAAGCCACACUCAGCUGUGUUGGCGUUCUUGAACACACCCCUCAGAGUACCCCGAUAUUGUGGAAGGGGGAAUAAUGGCUGCCCAGGAGCCGUCUCCACCAUCUUCCCUGGAAGGGAACAAACCUGGCUUCCCCAAGAAAAUUUUGGCCAACAACCUGGAGGACAAGCAUUUGUGUAACUCCUGCCAGAAAGUCCUGAGAAGGCCCUUACAGGCGCAGUGUGGCCACCGCUUUUGUUCCUUCUGCUUCAAGCAAAUCGUGAGUUCUGGACCAGAAAAAUGCAACGCUUGCAUCAAAGAAAACCUAUUUGAGGAACCCACCUCCAUUCUCAAGCAAGGAGGUGCUUUUGCAGACAAUGCGGCACGGAGAGAAGUGGAGGCCUUGGCAGCCGUCUGUCCCAAUGAAGGCUGCACGUGGACGGGGACCAUUAAAGAUUUUGAGGCCAGCCACGAGGGCCUCUGUGACUUUGCCAUCAUCCUGUGUCCUUCCUGCAAAGAGUUGAUGCGAGCCAACGAGCAGGAACGCCACGAUGAACGAGAAUGUCCAGAGAGGACGCUCAACUGCAAAUAUUGUAAAGAAGCCUUCCUUUUAAAGAACAUUAAGGCUCAUGAUGAAAUUUGUCCAAAGUACCCAAUGAUUUGUGAAGGUUGCGCAAAGAAAAAGAUACCCAGAGAAAAGUAUGUGGACCAUAUUAAGUUCUGCAGUAAAUUUAAAGCACCAUGCAGAUUUCAUGUUGUUGGCUGCGAUACAUCUGUGGAGAAAGAGAAGAUCCAUGACCAUGAGCGUCAGUGUUCAUACGAACACCUCAAUCUGCUUCUGCAUUUCAUCAUGGGCAUUAAGGUGAGCCUCGAGAGUCUGCAGCCUCAGAGCCUGGAGGUGGCAGGCCACAAGCUGCAGGAGCUCCACCAAACCCUCAGAGACUUAGAACUGAAGAUGAGCCAGCUCGGCGGAGGUGGCUCUUCAGCCUCGGUGCAGGGUGCGUGUGCUCCGACGAUCCUCACCACCUCUUUCACGCCACUGCCCAGCGCUGUGGGCGCCGCUCUGGAGCUGCAGCUCCAGAGCGAAAAGACCAAGGUGGCCGAGCUGAGCCGGCGUUGCCAGGAGCUGGAGCUGAAGGUGAAUACAUUCGAAAACGUCGUCUGUGUCCUCAACCGUGAGAUGGAGCGCUCCUGCACCACCAUGGAAGCCUACAACCGCCAGCACAGACUGGACCAGGACAAGAUUGAGAUCCUCAAUAACAAGGUUCGUCAGCUGGAAAGAACUGUGAGUCUGAGGGACUUGUCCAUUGUGGAGAUGGAGGGCAAAAUGAGAGAGAUGUCUGCAGCCACUUAUGAUGGCAUCUUUGUGUGGAAGAUCUCAGAUUUUACAAAGAAGAGGCAGGAUGCUGUCGCCGGCCGAGCUCCUGCUAUGUUCUCGCCGGCCUUUUAUACGAGUAAAUAUGGCUACAAGAUGUGCUUGCGCAUCUACCUGAAUGGAGACGGGACAGGACGGGGCACCCAUUUAUCACUGUUCUUUGUGGUGAUGAGAGGACACAGCGAUGCACUCCUCAAGUGGCCUUUUAAUCAGAAGGUCACCUUAAUGCUGCUGGACCAGAACAACAGGGAGCACAUAAUAGAUGCCUUCAGGCCGGACAUCUCCUCUUCUUCCUUCCAGAGGCCGGUCAGCGAUAUGAACAUCGCUAGCGGCUGCCCGCUCUUCUGUCCGCUCUCCAAGCUGGACUCGAAAAACUCUUACAUUCGCGAUGACACCAUCUUCAUCAAGGCCAUUGUAGACCUGACUGGACUCUAGGUUUGACUCCAUCAGCAUCACCACUAACUUUGUUUUUUCCUUAGCGUCUGUCUCAUUCACUUGGCAUUAUGCAAGACUCUUUCUCACAGUGGAACAAAUCAACACACAUUUAUUACACACCAAAGUAAACACGCUUUUUGUGCAAAUAUACAAGCGUUCUCGUACCAACAUACAGAUUUAAAGUGCAGUCCAAGGAGAUGACAUUGGGAGUGCCUCUUCUGACAUAGUUGGGAGCACAUGGGUUCAGAAAAAAUACCCAAGAUUUAUAGUAGCUUAUUUUCACACACAUUUUAAAAUUACUCCUGCAAAUAUAUAGCAUACACAGGUUAUAUAAACAUGAGCUUUUAUAUGACUUUUGGACAACAACAGGUUAGAAGAAGCCAAUUUGUGCUAAAUGAUGGAGAAUAUACCACAGACCAAGUAGAACAACUUCUUUAUUAUUUAUUAUUAUUAUUAUUAAAUGAUUUUUUAAAAUGAAGCAUGAAGCAUGAUAAUUGCAAUCUACCGGCAGGUAAUUCUCCAAUAAAUACAAUUCUCAAAUAAAAAGUAAAAAUAUUGAUAUAGCAUACAGAAAAAUGGGGCCACUUUGAUGCGUACAUUAAAGAUGUUAAAAACAAUCCAACAGGUCAGGGUAUUGUACUAUAAGCUAUAUAAGAUUUGCGUUCUAGGUGAAAAAGCCAAUGAGUGUAAUAUCUAAUAAUACAGUACAUCUCAUUAGAAAGAACAAAGAACUAGCUGCGGGCCAAAAAUGGUUUUUGGGCUGCACUUUGAACACCCCUGAUUUACAGUGUUUCUAAAAAAGUGCAACAGUAAACGUUUAAACAGGGUGAUGAUUAUUUUAUUUUUAGUAAACUUCCUUACCUGAAGUGUAGCGUUAAUAGCUGCUGUCAUCUCUACUGAACAAUGGCAGGUUGUUGCUAUAAUCUUAUGCACUCAUCUUUGUCCCUUUUACGGAGGUGAAGUGUUCUAAAACAGGUGCACCACUGGGCACAUGUGUAAGGAGAUCUGCCGGGUCAGAGUCACCUUUGCGCAUCGCAGACACAGACGGGUCUCGCCUAUACUCUCUGAUAUAUACUCUGUCGCCAAAGGCCUCGCCUUUUUGUUGAGGAAGAUUUGUCGCUCGUAGCUUUUUUUUAAAAAAAAGUUGCUGGGGGGGUCUGAAUACUCGCUAAAUAUCGAUAGUGAUAAAAGUCUCCAAAAUGUUUCCUAUACAAGCGCUUAGGGUUGUAAUGAGUUAACACUGUAUCAGAGCAUUUUAGGACAUUUCAAGUGUCACGAUGGCUUCUUAUGAGUUAAUAUAUGACUUUUGCAAGUACAGUACAUCUGCAUUGACUUGAUGUUACAUUUGUGGGCAGGACAAGCUCAAUACGCCACAAGGUUCCGCUAAAAAGCGACAGAUACAUCUUGUGGUAUAUCAGCUCCCAUCCACAGAGGUGGAUCCAACCCACAGUUGGUGUGUACUUGCUUGCCAGAUGUUGUAGUAAGACUGUGAUGCUUUGAAACACUUUAUCUCCUUCCUAAGCAUUCACAUCAUCAAUGGUGAACAUUUUGUGGUGGUGAACAGGACUUGAAUUCCAUGAAUUCUCAAUGCAGUACUUUGAAGAUGAGCAGUUCUGUGUGUGUGGUGUGUGUUUGUGUUUAUGUGAAUACUGUAUGUAAGCUAAAUUGCCAAAUUCCACCAGAUGAAAUUUUUUUGACUGGCCAUAUCUCAGCAUUUGUGUACUUUAUUUUAAACCGCUGGGGUCCAGCGUAGGAUUUUACACAUUUGCUUACCUUUUGUGUUGACCUUUAUAUCUUUCCUUAAAAACUGUUUUGUCUUGCUUUUGUUGGUUUCCUUUUUUUCAGUACAACCUCACGUGUGACUAUACAGUAAUCCCUCGUAUAUUGCGGUUAAUUGGUAAUAAGUGGAUUUUCGCAAAGUAAGAUUCAUUAUAAAUGUAAGUUUUUCAUAUUUCGUGCAUAGUAAACCUGUUUAAGAACUUCUAAACACAGUUUUUAACAUUAUUAAAGCCCUUUAGACAUUAAAUAACACCCCUAUAGUUACCUUUACACUCCUAAUUACCCAAUAUAGUAGAUACAAUAAGAGAUUAUAAAAUAUUAAAGACAUAAAUAACACUCAUGCUCAUGUGUGUUGCUGUAAAUGUGUUCCAGUGGCACGGAAAGGAAGUGACAUUGGGGGUUGAGAGUUGAGUUUUAGUUUGGCGUGGGUUAUGGCUGCAACAGUAGCCCAUGUUAGUGAUUAUUGUGCCUGCCGUGAGGUCAUUCAAAUUUACAACAAAAGCCUGUUGUUCCGGCAAAGCUUGUGUGUCUCACCCAACAUUACAGUAACAUUAAUGACACCUAGUGACCAGUGUAGAAUACUACAUAUCAUCGCAACAUGUUUGAAUGCGUCUUCUGAAUGCCUUAUAUUUAUUUGUGUUUUACUUCAUUUAGCCAUUUUUAUGCUUGAGAAUGCUUCAUUUAGGGGAAUAAAUACAUAACGUGCUUAAAUAUAAUUUUUUUUUGUUUACUGACACUAGACCGUAUUCAACCACAAAGCAGCACGAUUUAUUAAUAUAUUUUUGAAAAAUCAUGAUAGCACUAAGCUGUGAAAUAUGAAGCGUGAAGUGGCGAGGGAUUACUGUACAGUUUUUAAAAAUAAUAAUAAUAAUAAUAAUGGAUUCGAUUUUAUAUACCGCUUUUCAAGACACCCCGAGUGCUUCACAAUGGAGUGAAGCCAUUAUUCAUUCACUCCUUACUCACAUAUUGGUGGUGUCAAACUACAUCUGUAUCCACCGAUGCCCUGGGGUAGACUGAUGGAAACGUGGCUGCCAAUUUGCGCCUACGGCCUCUCCAAACACUACCAAACAUUCACUCACAGGGACCUUCUGAUUUCUGUGCAACCUGCUCCACCUCCUGAGCCACUGCCACCCUUUGUUACAUUUUUCAUCGUGUCUUAACACAUUGGACCUAAAAUCCAAGUAGGGAAAAAUGUGAUUUUUGACUGUGAAAACUGCUAACGUGUAUUUAAAGAAAAAAAAUCGUAACUUUUAUUGAACCAGGAGAUUAGAAAUCUCUUUUACGAGAGCGACCUGGGCCAAGUGACAACGGUGUAUUGAACUCUUCUUGUAACACAGAAUGCAAAUCUAAAAUGUAGCAUUUAAAAACCUGUACAACAAAGUUAAAUAGUUGUGUCGACUUACCCCUUCCGCUUUCCCUCAGCAACCAAAUGGCCGGUAAUGCUUUGAUUGGUUCAUAUGGAGCAUUCCCACCAAUAGGAAGGCAAUGUCAUGUUUCAUUGCCAAGCAGAUCUGAUCAAUCACGAGGAUUUGACUUGACUGAUUUACACCAUUUAAAGACUCGUAUGCAGUGUGAAAUCUGCACUUUUGAGGCACCUUGAACCCGGCGCAGUCAUGGACUCUGUUAUUACUCGUCUAAUACUUAUGUUGGAAGUUCACGUUUAUUCCAAAUGGACAUUGAUAUUAAGGUCAUUUGGUCUUCGAGUGAUGCUCACAUUAUUUCAGUGUUUAUUUCUAUGAACUUUACAAGGAACUUCCGAAUGAUUGAUUUGAUGGUUGCCAGCAUUAAAAAAAAAAAAAAAAGGUAUCCUGGGACCAGUUGUUAAAAACGGCAGCUUCCAAGAUCAUGAAUUGUAUGUUGUCGUUUUUGUCAAGACGCAAACUGUCACGUAUUCAAAUACAACAAAUGCAGUACUGAACACAGAUGUGCGUAACAACCACUGCAAUCUGCGCAUGCAACAACUUCAAAGCAUAGAUGUCCAUAACGUAUGUGUCAUCAUGUGAAAAAGUAUUGAACACGCAUGCUAAAAUAUAUUUAAUACUUGUUAGUAAUGCCAACUUCCUGUAAGGAGAAGCAAGUGGUGCAUUGCUCAGGUGUGACUGUGUCAAAUCUUGAAGGUUCCGUGGGCCUCGUCUUUAAACUCUGACCUUCCAUAGGUUUUACAUUGGAUUGAAGUUGCGUGAUUGGCCCUUCUCACAGCUUUACUGUCUUUCUCAGAAGCCAGAUAAGAGUUGUCUUGCUGACAUGUCCAGCCUUGUUUCAUCCUCAUCAUGAAACAAUGUUUUCCAGUACCGUAUUGCUGUUAUGUCAGCACCUCCACGCUUCACUGUUGGUAUGCUGUUUUUGAGGUAGUGCCAUAGUCACCCAUUUUUGUGGAAAAACCUGCCGUUUUUGUGCUUAGAGUCUCCAUAAUUAGGCCGUUUAUUGGUAGAAAACCCGUCUCACGUGCCCUGCAUUGGUAAAGCCUGAGUUGCAUGGAGGAAAACUUCAAUUUGUUAAUGAAUUAGCUUGACAUUAACUGCGCCUACCUCACUCAGUGCUACCAAAAAUAACACGUGGGACAAUGUAUCGAAAUAGUUGCUUUCACACUAAUAUACAUGCAAAACAAUGCUAUUUCAUACUCAUUUAUACCCUGCAAAGCAUGCUGGAAAGUCGCCGCUCACACUUCCCCUACAGUAAGUUACCUCGCGUUAGUGAUGUGCGAUACCACUGAUUUCCUCUCCGAUCUGAUACUGAGUAAACAGCCUUUUUUUUUUACCAUCCCACUCUACAUUUGGGUCACGUAAUGUUCCUGUGUCCGAAUGUUGGCAACUGACAAUGUUUGUAAGUAGGUUAGCGUGGGUACCUGCUAUUUCUUUCUCAAGCUCUUUGCCACUGUUCCUUUGUUGUUGGACAAAUCCUCAACUAAUUCUCUUCCUCGUCCUCAGUCAGAAAUCUUGCGAGGAUAGAGCGCCUGGUCAUGGCCAGUUCGUGGUCAAAUGAUGUUCACUUGACAUAGCUCUUGGCUUUUAGUUGUCAUGAGGUGUUUCUUUUUAAAGGCCAUCAGUUGGAACGGAACCAGCUAGACUGACGAGCAGCAGGGUUCCUUGGGAAUGACUCACUGGUUUGAGCUGGUGUUUUGGCUUUCCUUGUCUUUUUUUGCGGCUAUCUUUCUACAUGUGUUCUUUAAUACCCUUUUGACAUAAUUGCACAUAGCUUCACUUUUGGACAUCUAUGGUUGGAUGUGUCAGCAUCCAGUGGAAUGUAUUUGCUGACUGAAAUGUUCCAUGCUCAUUUUACCUGCAGUAUAUGUGCAAAACACAUUCUUCUGAAAAAGAACCAAUAUGCUCACGCUGCAUGUGAUGAUGUGCCUGGUACGUCAUGCACGAGGUGUUACAAGACACUCAGACUUGGUUCUGUCAUUCGUUUUUCAUUAUUCAUUUUUUGUGAAAAUGUGUAUUUUCCUCUGCUCUCAAAUCUGUGUGUGUGUGUGUGUGUGUGUGUGUGUGUGUGUGUGUGUGUGUGUGUGCGUUCAGGCUUUAAAAAGCGUCAGUAUGACAUACAGUGGUUGUAUUUGUGUCAUAAUGCGUCCUGUAGCAGCAAAGGUUCUAUUACUGUAGUAUUUUUAUUUUUUACUCUCCAUGAGUGUAAUGAUCUACUGUUGCAGAAAAAGUGCCUGUACCUUUUUUUUGUUGAGUUUUUGUUCUUGAACUCACCGAAUUGUGAAUGUGCUUUCAAAAACAAAAACCCAACGGGACUGAUUUGUGUGUUUUUAUUUAUCGUUGUUAUUAUUUGAUGACGUCUUUGUGACAAAGAAUGUUUCCAUUAUUGCAAACAUGAAACAUGAAUGUAAUUUUAUUUCAACAA